UCCUUGAGACCUGGCCGGAAGUCGUGGUCUCCAUAGAGACGCUAUCGGAAGUUGGAGUUGCUAGGCGGCCUGGGCGCGACCGCUCAUCUGAGUCAUGGCUGAAGUCCCAGAGGAUUACGAUUCCCCCUCUGAGGAAAAUGAAAACCUGAAGACUGAGAGACCGAAACUUCACUUUCUUCAGGUGACCGAAGACAUCGAACCAGGCAGCGUGGCAGAGGCAGGCCCAGAGAUUCCUGUAGAGAUUGACCAAGACCCACAGCCAGAGACAGAAGAAGAGCCCUUCAAAGAGAAGACACCAGAGAGUGCUAAAGAUGUGCCUCCUCACCUAAAACCAACCUGGACGUCCGAGGAAGAGGUUCCCCACAAGUUCAGGACAGACCUUUUCAGCGAGGUUGAGCUAGGGAUUCCCCUAGAGGUAAAAUCAGAGACUUUCGGACAGAUAGAAAGAGAGCUUUUCAAGGAAUUGCAAAUCCCCGUGGACAGAAAGCAUGAGGAACCAGAGGAGGAAGCCAAACCGGAUGUUCCUGAGGAUGUACCCAUAGAAGAGAGCAAACCAGAGGUUCCAGAGGAGCCACUCAGAGAGCAAUAUGAAAAGACAGGUCUAGAACCUACAGAGCCAACCAAACCAGAACCUCCAGGUAAGAAACCAAGAAAAUCAAUUGAAGAGGCAGAUCAACAGCCACCAAAGGUGACCACAUCAGAGAAUCCAGAGGAAAUACAAAGUAAGUCACCUACAGAGAAAAGGACAGAGUCACCUGAGCAGGCCAAACCAGAGUUUCCAGAAGAGAAACCAAGUAUGGCUACUGAGGAAACACAAGAAAAAACUCCAGAGCCACUAGAAGUGAUCGAAUCAGAGUCUUCUGAGGAAAAAUCAGGAAAACCAAUUGAGGAAACAGUUACAGAGCCAUCAGGAAAGACCACACCGGAAGUUCAGGAGGAGACACAAAGUAAGUCAACUGCAGAGAGAGUUCUAGAGCCACCAGAGGACACCAAACCAGCAGAUCAAAAAGAUAAGCAGAAAAAGUCAACCGAGGAGACAGAUCUAACACCAUUACGGAAGUUCAGAUCAGAGGAGACACUAAGAAAGUCAACUGAGAAGAAAGGUCCAGAGCCCCCAGAACAAACUAAAGCAGAGUUUUCAAAGAAAGAACCAGAGAAAACUGAAGAAACAGGUCAAGUGCCACCACAGAUCAAACCAGAGGUGCAAGAGAAGACACAAACAGAGCCAACUAGGGAGAUAAAUUUAGAGUUAUUGGAUAAAACCAGACGACUACUUACAAGAGAGACACUUGUAGAAUUUGCCAAGGAAGACAGGCCAGAAGCAAUCAAAUUUAAACAUUCUGUUGACAGGGAUGAGCCUGAGUACUCUGACUAUCCAAUAGGAAAGUUGUUAAUCAAAGGAACUAAAGUUUCAAAAGACUAUGUAUUAGAGCCUCUUCCAGUAAGUGAAGUAGACUCAGUGAAUAUAGAUUAUGAGUUUUCUAAAGAACUCCAAAAUCUGUUCCAGCUUUCUGAUACCAAUUAUGAAUUAUUCUCCUUUUUCUCUGAGUCUCAGAGGGAUUUAAAAGAGUCCUCUGGUGAAAAGCAAGAUCUGUCCCUAGAGUCAAUGAAACUGGUACAUAAAGAUAGAGACACCCAGCCAGAAAAAAAUUCUGAUCUACAAUUUGAGUACCUUCAAUGGAGCCCAGAAAAAGUUGCCAACUGGAUUUGCCAGCUAGGCUUCCCUCAAUACAAGGAGUGUUUUACCACAAACUUCAUCAGUGGCCGAAAACUCAUACAUGUAAACUGCUCAAACCUCCCUCAGAUGGGGAUAACAGAUUUUGAGGACAUGAAGGUAAUUUCUCGGCAUACCCGGAAGCUGCUGGGAAUUGAAGAGCCAUUAUUCACACGCUCCAUCCGCCUUCCCUACAGAGACAAUAUUGGCUUAUUUUUAGAGAGAAAAGGUCAUAGUGGAGUUAAGUCUGAUUCCUUGACCUUGUCUGAAUUUGUGCGAGAAGCGGGAUUACAGGAUUAUGCUCCACGGGUGACCACCCUUGAAAAUGACGCAGCAUUGUAUUCCAUUGACCUGUAGGGCAAGCUGGUUCACUUAACUUGAAAAUCAAACUAAAUUAUGUGGGGGAAUAAAUGCGGCAUUUCUGUGU